AUGGCUGAGGUUCUCGAGGUCCUGGGCUCUGUGCUGGGCUCUGUGCUGGGCGCCCUUGUCCGCUUCCGCUGGACCUCUUACAUCUCCCGCGUCUUCUCAAUCCUCAUCUUCCCGCUCAAGGCCGUGUCAUACCCUCUCUCAUACUUCUUCCGCAUCCUUCUCGUUAUAUUCGCACCCAUCAUCUAUCCCUUUUCCUAUAUCUUCUCGUGGAUCCGCGCCAUCUUGGGUCUCUUCGCAGGUCUAGCAUUCGGGGUGGCUGCCUUUGUUGGCGUUGUCACUGGGCUCGUCCUCGCUGUUUUCUCAAGCUAUCUCUCCUCGAUCUUGGGCAUGCAGGACAGUCCAUUCGAUGAGCAGCCGUCGCGUGGGAAGAUGAGAUAUCUGGAAGAGGAUGACGAUAUGGAUGAAGAUGAAGAAGAUGAGUUCGGUAGAGAUGAAUCCUCCUCGGGGGGAGAGCUGGAGUUGAAGUGGUUCGAGUCAACCUCGGCACGGCGGCGACCCGCCUCUGGACUAUUAUCACAGAUUAUUCAUGAAGAGCUCGACUCGUCUGAAUAG